AUGGAUCAAAGGGUUGAUGAACUGCAGGAUGAAAGUGAAAAGGCAGGGUCUUUAUCAUUGCAUGCCUUUUCUGAUCUAUCACAUGUCUCACCACUGAUGUUUUUGUACCUACUAAAAGAAUCUUAUGCUUGUGGUAAGAUACAUGGUGGUGCAUUAAGGGCCUCCGCAAAAUUCCGCAUACUACAACAACAAGUCCUUCAGGUGCUGCACAAUGCCCCCCAACCGGGACCUGCCAUUUUUGUGGCUCAGGUCCUGUACAUUUCACGGAUAUUUGAUUUAUAUACUGAUGGAUUCAAUUACUUGAUGAUAUCUGGCUUUCGUCGCUAUUUGAGAAAGGGAAUUACUGAAGAAGACAAGCAAGAAGCAAGUGUUGUUGCUGCAAAAUUGUUUAUUCACAGUGUCUGCCAUGGUAUGGUUCAUGAUGAAAAGGUCUUAGUGAUGAUCCUUGAAGUUUUUGAUGUCAGAUUAACGGAUAUAGAGAAAGCUAUGCAGAUUGUGGAUGGAAAAGCUGAUAUAAACCUAGACACCGCAAGAAAAUUUAUCGAGCAGUUUAUAUCCAAGCUGAUAGAAUCUCAGUCUUAUGAGACAGCAGUUUCGCUACUAGAACAAUUCUCCUUUUACCCCAAGUCUGGGGAGUCUUUCCUGUUGCAGAUGCUGCAAAUUAAAGAAUACAGAGCAGCAGAAAAAUGGGCUACAUUUUUGGGCAAACCAAUGUUGCGUGUUCUUGUUGAGGAAUACAUUAAAGAAAAUCUGCUAAAUCCGGCUUAUAAUAUCAUUAAGACAAAUGACAUGCUCCAUGAAUAUCCAGAUGUGUGUAAAAAAUAUAAAGAAAGCUCAUUAAAGAAGCUAGCAGAAAAGGGCUGCUGGGAAGUUGCAGAGGAUCGGACGAAAGGUGAUAGACAGUUUUUGCAGUAUCUGGUAUAUCUGGCACUGGAAGCUGGCUAUCUGGAGAAAGUUGAGGAACUCUGCACUCGAUAUGCACUUGAUGGUUUUGAAAACAUUAAUAAGACUGAAGCUAAUUGCAAAAAGAGUUCCUAUUUGCAUCUUGAUGACUUUCCUAUAGAGGAUGUGGUCUGGGUUGAUGGACUCAAUGAAUUGCAAGGUGCAACAAGCCACCUUGAGGAAUGCAAAGUGGUAGGCCUUGAUUGUGAGUGGAAACCCAAUUAUGAAAAGGGCAGUAAACGAAACAAGGUUUCUAUUAUGCAAAUUGCCUCAGAGAAGAAGGUUUAUAUAUUAGAUCUGAUAAAAUUAUGUGAAAGUGUUCCAGCUAGCUUAGAUGAGUGUCUAAGCCGCAUAUUGCAUUCUACCAGGAUUUUGAAGCUUGGUUACAACUUUAAAUGUGAUGUUGAGCAGCUUUCUCAGUCGUAUCCAGAGUUGCAGUGCUUCAAGCAGUAUGAUAUGCUACUUGAUAUCCAGAAUGUGUUCAAGGAGCCAAAGGGUGGUCUUUCUGGUCUGUCGGAGAAAGUACUGGGACGAGGAUUAAACAAAACAAGACGAAACAGCGACUGGGAGAAGAGACCUCUAAGUGUAUAUCAGUUGGAAUAUGCUGCUCUUGAUGCUGUCGUGCUCAUAGAAAUUUUCCGGCAUGUUCGCAACCAUGUAAAUCCCACAGGUGUUACUGGCGAACAUAGCAAAGUGGAGUGGAAAUCUCACAUAGUUUCCCACAUCGACAGAGCUAAAGGACAGAAAAAAGGGCGCCGGGAACAGAAAGCAGUUCUCUACUGA